GUUUAAUAAGCAAGGAUCUGUUGGACCUGAAUGGAAAUUAUCCAAAGCCCCAUCUUCUCCUCCCCUAUACAGCUUCCCUUCUUCCAGUAGGCAGUCUAAACAAUCCCUUCAAAACAGGGAGGAGGAAAGUGAAAUAAGAAAACGCUUGAAUUUUCAUCUUUCUUCAGGAGGCUUAAAAAGGAAGGCCGACCUAUUUGACCUUCCAACCAUCUCUAAGAAAGUGAAAACUGGAGAGAGGGAUUCAGCUUCCUCUACAGAGCAAUUAAUUUCAACCAGUUCAAGUCCAACCAAUCCAACCUAGACAAUCAACAUUGUUCAUGGAUAGGAUGUUAAGUGAAAAUUCAUGCAGAUUUUCUCGAGUCUAAGUACACAGUACAGAAUAAUAUUGUACAGUGUUCUGUGUACCACUGUAUACAGCAUAAACAAGCAGUGACAAAUACACAUAAAAACAGAUAAAGAUAAAUGUAUAGUUAGUGAAACUUAGUAUAAAAAAGGUGUUAAAAGCAUAAUACAAAAUAUUCAUAAAUGUUUUUUUAAAUGAGUAAAAUUAUUAAAUUCAGCCAAAAAAAAGAGUUUGUUUAUAAAGAAGUCUAAAUUGUUAUCGGUACUGUUCUAGAAGUUAUUCUUCAAAAGGAUCUCAGUCCAAAAUAUUAUUUUGCUAAAUUUAUAUUUUUAAAAAAUUGAUUUUUCCGGCCCAAAUUGAUAGCUUUCCGGAGAUGUUUUAUUAUUGUAAAUGUAGAAUGGAAAAGUACAAUGUAAGUACAGUGUACAGAUGGCAAAAUUGUUCAUCCUUUAAACGUCAGUAAUAAACUAUUUUAUAGUA